AUGGCGAUCGGUAAUAUCACAAACAAGACGCCUCACAAGGAGGAUAUCGUGCAUGCGCAAGAGGAGGCACCAAGCUUCGAAAAGGUCGAUUGGAAGAGGGAUCCCGGUCUACGAAAGCUAUAUGCUUGCUGCCUUGUGCUCUGCGUCGCUUCGGCUACCACUGGUUACGAUGGCAUGUUCUUCAAUUCGGUGCAGGUGUUCGACACAUGGAGAGCCUUCUUCAACAACCCUCAGGGUUCUCAGCUCGGCUUACUCGCAGCUCUCUACCAGAUUGGUAGCAUUGCAUCAAUUCCUCUGGUUCCCAUGUUGGCCGAUAACUUUGGCCGGAAAUUGCCAAUCAUUGUUGGCUGCGUUAUCAUGAUCGUUGGUGCCAUCAUCCAAGGUGUUGCGCAAAAUAUCAAUUCCUUCAUGGGCGGCCGGGUUAUGAUGGGAUUUGGAAACAGCUUGGCCCAGGUCGCUUCUCCCAUGUUACUCGCUGAAAUUGCUCACCCCCAACACCGUGGCCGAGUCACGGCUGUAUACAACUCCCUGUGGAAUGCCGGCGCUAUUAUCGUUACAUGGCUUUCCUUCGGGACGAACUACAUCCAAAAUGACUGGUCAUGGCGUAUCCCCGCCAUACUCCAAGCCCUACCGUCCGUCAUCCAGAUCAUCUUCAUCUGGUGGGUGCCCGAGUCGCCCCGAUUCCUCAUGGCCCAGGACAAGCACGACAAGGCGCUCAAGAUGCUCGCCAAGUACCACGCCAACGGCAACGACCAGCACCCGACCGUCCAGUUCGAGUACCGCGAGAUCAAGGAGACCAUCCGGCUCGAGAUGGAAACCAAGACUAACAGCAGCUACAUCGACUUCUUCAAGACGAAGGGAAACCGGUACCGGUUGGCUGUCCUCCUGUCCCUCGGUCUCUUCUCGCAGUGGUCUGGAAACGCCAUCAUUUCCAACUUCUCCAGCACGCUGUAUGACCAGGCUGGUGUAAAGGACUCUAACUCCAAGUUCGGUCUUUCAGGAGGCCAGAAUAUAUUAGCCCUUAUCGUCUCUGUCUCCAUGGCCACGCUCGUCGACCGCUGGGGCCGACGGCCGAUGUUCCUGACGUCCACGGCGGGCAUGUUCGGCGUAUUCGUCUUCUGGACGCUGUGCUCGGGCCUCUACGGGGAGCACCGCUCCCCAGGGGCCAACUACGCGAUGGUGUUCUUCAUCUGGCUAUUCGGCUUCUUCUACUCGAUCUCGUGGUCCGGCUUACUGAUCGGCUACGCGAUCGAGAUCCUGCCGUACAAGCUGCGGGCGAAGGGGCUCAUGAUCCUGAACAUCAUGGUGCAGGCGGCGCUGUGCCUCAACGUGUACGCCAACCCGGUCGCCUUCGAGGCCUUCGGCGAGGACCACUCCUGGAAGCUGUACCUCAUCUACACGUGCUGGAUCUUCUGCGAGCUCGCGUUCGUCUACUUCAUGUAUGUCGAGACGAAGGGGCCGACGCUGGAGGAGCUGGCCAAGGUCAUUGAUGGCGAUGAGGCGGCGGUCGCGCACCUCAAUUUCGAGCAGGUCGAGAAGGAGGUCGCGAUUGAGACGCACGAUGUUGCGCAUAAGGCGUAG